CCCUCUUGAACUCUCCACCCCAGUCUGGGGACACAGAGAGAAGGACAGUAUGGCGUAUCUCUACUACCUGGAUUCCUCUCCUUCUUUCUCUCUUCUUGUUUCUCCCUUUUGAAACCAUAUUUACUAACCAACCCUAUAGACCACUGCUUUAUACCACGCACUCUGUCUUCUUCACCUCCUACACUACUUCCUAGCCUUCUCCUUUUCCUAUAUAUAUCCCACGCUAUUUUCUCUUCUUGGUUCAUGCUUGCCUUACUUCUCUGUCCUUUACUUGUUCUAAACACUCUUCUUGUAAGUUCCCUCGUUCUCGUCUCCUUUACUCCGCACCCAUAACCUCAUAAACUUUUCUUUAUUCUCUGACAAGUUUUAUAGCUCUUCCCCAUUUGUCUAGCUCUCAAGAUUCGUCUCCACAACUUGGCUACUUAAUUUCUGACAGUUGCAUAGUGUUGCAUUAAUUCAAUAAUGUCUAGCAGAAGAUCUCGUUCGAGGCAGUCAUCAGGUGUUUCUAGGAUCAGUGAUGAUCAGAUCAUCGAUCUUGUUUCUAAGUUGCAACAACUUAUCCCCGAGCUUCGCAAUAGGGGCUCCGACAAGGUUUCGGCUUCAAAGGUGCUGCAGGAGACUUGCAACUACAUAAGAAACUUGCACAGAGAGGUGGAUGAUCUGAGUGACCGUUUAUCUCAGCUUUUGGCUUCGACUGACUCCGAUAGUGCUCAGGCGGCCAUAAUUAGGAGUUUGCUCAUGGACUAGAAGACGAUAUACAGCUUUGUUCCCAUUUCUCCUUUUCUACUUCUAUUAUAUAUAAAAGUAUACCUAGGGUUUUGGUCAGUAGGCCAGGACAAGGGUUGAUAUGGGCUUGGUAGAGCUAGCUCCAUUUUUAUGAGACAACCCUUUUCGAAGACUUGUAGUAAUAUUAAUGUUAUUAGCCCAUAUUAAUAAGAGAGCACUCCUACUCCUA